AUGCCUAAAAGUAUAACUCAAGUAAAGCUACGAGUUCUUAACCUCCUUUGCACCGAUCCAGCCAGCCAGCCAGAGAUGUUUAAACGCAUCAAGCUUCCCAAUCUUGAGGGCCUGCGAUUGGAGAAUGAGGAUUUUAAGCAAGGGUGGAAACUGGACAUAUAUCUACCCAUCCUUCGACAGGCUCCUCUUUUGCAAUUUUUAACGCUUUCCACUUAUCGCAGCCGAAUUCCUCUCAUUGGUGCUCCACCACGUCAUGGUUUAAAACACAGAGCAGUUCCAGACAGAGAGAUGACAAGAUUUUUGAAGGCUAUACCAAGUGUAGUAUGCCUACGCCUCCCACUCGCAAUCAACAUCAAUGCCUUUGUUGUCGAAGAGUUAGCACGUGGGUGCUAUAUACCACUGCUCGAGACCUUGGAGCUUGGUUCGCUUCAUGGAGAGCACAUCGUGGAGAUGAUACACAGAAGAAACUAUCUUGUAGAAAACACCCUAUUGUGUUCCCCAGUUCUCGGGGAAACAUCCGCGAUGGGUGCGAGUGGAAGGCAUUCAUCAACAGAGGCCUCAACUCCGAUCCGCAGGAUAUCUCGACUUAAUUUAUCAGUUGAGGAAGAUGAACAGGUAUUGGCAUAUGUUCAUCAUUCCCUUCGUGCAUAUCAGGGGAUCAGCUCGGAGACUAUUGAAGUGCAUAUCACUUCACACAAUCCACGCCUGUUUUAUCAUCCAGAGUAG